GCCGUCUGUCAGCUGCUCAACACGCUGGUCAUUGCCACUUUAGGCACGCAUCGCUGGACAAGCUUGUCAGUUAACAUGAACUGCAGCACGGAGGUCCACAAGGACCAGUGUAAUGCCUCAGAGGACCACCUUCAAAGCCUGCAAAUCGGACUGUCGCACUAUGAUCAGGGCCAACUCUGGAUCGAGGAUCCAAAAGGCUGCAUCUACCUGGAGCAUCACCGUGACGGUUUGCUACGAGGCAGCGCGCAUAAUACUCAGGCCACAGCCAGCCUGUUCCAUGCGCAAAAGCACUAUCAUGCUACGCUGCCCUGGAGCAAUGGUGACCGUGUGGUGCUCAUUGCGUACGUUGCGCGACAACAUGCCUGUGCAGUGCAGCGCUAUGGUAGCAUUUUGGAGGAGGCUGGCUUUGUCUUGCCACAUCGUGAGGCGGAUAGCAUGCCAAGCAAGCCCAACUCCACUCCGGACGCGGCUGUGGAUUUUGAACUUAGGGAGCAGAGUGAGCCUCGUCCCAACAUGGAGUCUUCAAUGACUGCGGCGCUCGCCUCAACCUCCACAAGGCCACUGCGCUCUAAUGAGUGGACGAACACUGGUAGUGCUAGCCGCCACAGACGGCGUGGAGGCGGUCAGUACCGUCGCAGCAUGAGUGCUAAUCUUCAGGGCGGAGGUCAACUGGAUCCUCCGUUGUUUGCUUGCCAAGUGGUGGGAUGUGUGAGGCGCUAUCGCAAGGGCUCCCACAAGCACUGCUGUGGACUAUGCACAGUUGGUCAUCACACUGCUCGAUGCGACAAGGAGUGGCGCAAGGUGCAGCUCAUGCCGCUUCGGCUUCGGGGUCAGAUCAGCGAAUGUGUGACUGCUGGCUGCAGCCGCGUUGCAGGCUACAGUCAUGUGCAUUGCUGCACUGACUGUGUGCAGUCCGGGGGUCGAUUGCACACCGGCACCUGCCAACGACGUCAAGACCUGGCCUAUGUGGUGACAGGAAAUGCUAGCAGCUCGGUGCCGGAGCCAAGCAUGGCAGCAGCUGGCAUGACUGGGGUGGCGACAAUGGCAAACUCGCCGGAGGAGGCGACUGCACUGCCUUCCCUUGAUGGGGUUCCAAGUCGAGAUGCUGGAGCUACCUCUACUGAGAGCAAAGCCUCUGAGUGUGAAGGGCACUGA